AUGGCGCCCAUCACACCCAGUCAAGCCGAGCUGGACCGGCGGAGGAUAGUCGGCAUCAACAAGGAGACCGUCACCGACGUGACCUCGACCGACUACCCAGGAACUUGGCCAGGCGAAGAUCACGCCUGGGACCUCGAGAAGUUCGCGAACAACUUCCGCGUCCAGUUCCACCACAACGCUCAGCACGAGGCCUCGUUCUCCCUCAUCGGGGUCGACGCCGCCAUCGCCAACGCCUUCCGCCGCAUCCUCAUCGCCGAGAUCCCUACCAUCGCCAUCGAGAACGUCUACAUCGACAACAACACCUCCGUGAUCCAGGAUGAAGUCCUUGCGCACCGCCUCGGUCUCAUUCCCUUCACCGGCAACGCCGAGGGCAUUCAUCAGUUUCUGAAGUGGUACCGCAAGCCCGAACAGGGCGGCAAGGGCACCUACGACUACAACACCGUCCAGCUGCGCCUGCAGGUCGAGUGCACACGCAACCCGGACGCGAGCCCCAACGAGACCGACCCGAACAUCGCGUUCAACCAUGCGAACGUCUACGCCAAGGACAUCCAGUUCAUCCCCUCGGGUCGCCAGGUCGAGUUCUUCACCGGCGACGGCAUCAUCCGCCCCGUCAACCCCGACAUCCUCAUCGCGAAGCUGAGGCCGGGACAGUGCAUUGAGCUCGACAUGCACAUGCACAAGGGCGUCGGUUCCGACCACGCAAAGUUUUCGCCCGUCGCGACCGCCUCGUACCGUCUCCUGCCCACCAUCAACAUCACGCGACCGAUUCUGGGCCAGGACGCUGAGAAGUUUGCUAAGUGCUUCCCUCAGGGCGUCAUCGGUAUCGAGAAGGUUACGAAGAAGGAGGCCGCGACCGCCGGAAGCGGGUACGAGGGACACGAGGGCGAGAAGAAGGCCGUUGUCAAGGACGCCAUGAAGGACACCGUGAGCCGUGAAUGCUUGCGCCACGCCGAGUUCGAGGGCAAGGUCAAGCUGGGCCGGCAGCGUGAUCACUUCAUCUUCUCUAUUGAGAGCACCGGACAGUGGGACAGCGACGCAUUGUUUUUGGAGUCAGUUAAGCAGUUCAAGACGAGGUGUAUCCGUCUUGAGCAGCAGGUCAUAAACAUGGUUAGAUGA